AUGUUCCUGAAACCUGUCUGGGCGUGGUGUUUGAUGCUGGGGUCUCCACUGCUAUGUGUGGCAGCAGCACGCGAAAACUCGGAAGCCCAUAAUGGACCUACAUUCUCCGCCUUUCCUGGCCAGAAAGGCCAGUUUGGGCAAGACGGGCAAGAUCAACAUGCACAUACUCUGACACUAAUGCAAAGCCAGUCCGGGGCCUUGGUUGUUGAGCCGCGUGCCUAUCCUGCUGAUCCAGCUCCGCCUCGGCCUUAUGGAUUUGACUACAUCGACCCUCUGGCCUCGAUUUCGAGAACUACAGAUGGUAUCGGAGUCACUAAGAGCUCCGGUUCUUCGGCUACUAGUGUCAUUGAAACAUCUGCUACCCUUUCCGGCAGUUCUCAGGAAGCACGUCAGACUCAGAGCUCCGCAAGCACUCUGACGGACGCAACCAAAAGUGACCUAAAAUCUGAAGAGAGCACAUCUAUAAAUGCACCACUCCCGGGGCUUAAAACGUCAGCUGCGCUUCCCAUAGGCGGUACUCUACAGGCAAGGCCAGCUUCAUCUACCUCAACAAUAACCACAGGUACUUCAACGGGUUGUGGAGACAAUGGUCAAUGCCUGGGAAGCGUGUCUGUAGCUACGCCCGCUGUAGUCGAUGUUCCUUCUUCAACAGCCAGCGGAGAUGGCGGGGGAUGGACGAGUACCAUCGGUUUUUGGACCAGUUCAUGGCACAAGUGCUUCAAGGAUGCCACUGGCACUGAGUGCGACCACGGGGUCCUGUGCGGUGACUACCACACCGUUGUCUAUAUGCACAGGCGGCCUAAUGACGGGACCUUGCCUUGUCUCAUCACUACCGACAUCAUCUACCUCAACUCCCAUACAAACGAUAACGGAGGCGGCAACGGCUGCAUCCUCAACUUUGCCAAUCUGUACCGGUGGCCCAUUGUCAGAGCCAUGCAGAGUUCUCCCACUGCCUACAAAGAGCUCGAGCUCUUCAUCAUCACUACCACUUUGUACCGGCGGCCCCAUGACAGAGCCUUGUCGACUGUUGGGUCUACAACGCCAUCUCCAACUUCAACCAUAAUGACCAGCAGCUCCCUGGGUCUUUGUACUCAGGGAGUGAUGAGUGGACUGUGUAUCAUCAACGGUACGGCAGGAUUGUCGACACUGGGACCCCCGCUUACAUCUGUGAACACUAGUCAGGCAGCCAUAGCAACAAGUAACUCGAGCUCGGCAUCUACUCUACCUUUGCCUUGGUGUACGGGCGGAGUAAUGGAGGGACCCUGUAUUGUGAGUGGCACUGCGGGCACGUCCACCUUGUCGACUUCACUUUCUCCCAAAAAUGCCACUUCUUCGGUUGCGCCUACCAAAGUAUCUUCCCUGCCGAGUCCUCUUCCAUUUUGCACUGGAGGUUUGAUGAGCAGCUCAUGCCUCGUGAGCGGAACAGCAGGCUUUUCCACGUCGUUGGUAUCUCCUGUGGAAGGGACAAGCUCAGGUGCUGGGCCUGUUACUACCAACACGACUGCCACUAGCAACAAGCCACCCGCCAGGUCCUCAGCAUCGGAAGCACAACCACUUUGCACAGGAGGCGAGAUGAGCGGUCCUUGCGUUGUUAGCGAAUCCGUGACGAUCUCACCACAGCCAUCAACAGCAACGUCCUCCGCGUUGAAUUCAACAGAAUUUACGACAGCUGGCCCUACUACGUCUGCAGAAAGUCUUCCAGCUUCAUCAUCACGCUUGGCUUCUGAAAACAGUCUCCCAGUUUGUACAGGCGGAGAGAUGAGUGGUCCUUGUAUCGUCAGUGGCACUGCCGGCCCCGCCAUAUCGACUCCAUCGGUAUUACCUGCAACGACGGCGGUGAUCUCAUCAACUCAACCGGGUAACACCGCGACAGAACUAUCAGACAUCUCUACCUCCUUGACGCUCCCGUGGUGCACAGGAGGAUUGAUGAUCGGACCAUGUAUCUCAUCGGGAUCUCUUGGCAUCUCGACUUUAACACCAACAACGAGUCCGAUUUGGACCAACGCAACAACUACUGCCGAAGCGACGUCAAGCACUUUUCCAAUCUGCAGCGGAGGAGACAUGGGUGGAUCUUGUGUGGUCACUGGUACGGCUGGGAGUGUGUUGACUUUCUCCCCAGGGCCUUCCACCUCGACGGUUGGAGACCCUAUAUCCGUGCCAGAGACUUCAACUCCCAUUCCAGCGGCUUCCCCAACCAGCAAUAACACGUCACUGGCGGCUUUGCCCGGACCCUCCUCAAUUGCUUUGCCAGUUUGCGUUGAAGGCGUAAUGAGCGGGCCUUGCAUUGUCGUCGGCACCGCUGGGCUUUCUAUAUCAACUCCAGGGGUCACUGCAGCAGUCCCAACUGCGGCGCAAUGCUCCCAGGGCCAUCUCUCUCCGUCUAGCCCACCAACGAACCAUACCGGUCCUUCAUCUGGCUACCCGCCAAAAACAACAUCUUCACUGUACGGGCCAACCGCAACUAUCCAAAGCACGGCAGCCACCUCGAACAGCACAAGUAGCUCUUUUGAAAUAGGUACAAGCUUGGCAGAUGCCCUUAGAGGAUCGCUGGCACAAACUAGUGCGUGGGCUGCAGAUCAAACCGAUUCAAUCGGUAGUUCUCCGAGAACAACGACUACCACGGAGAUCGCAACAGUCUUCGCGGAUCCUCCCGAGUCGCCGUCAUCCUCGAGUAGCUCUGCCGACAUGCCAGGGUGGUCAGGCUCAACAACAAACUGGGAGACCAUAUCAGCCCUGACGGCGUCCCGCAGUAUCAGCAUGGCGAUGAACGGCGGGCGCCUAGGACCGGGAUAUCCGCCUAUGGGUCAUGAUCUGGAGCGGUGGCACCAAUGA